CUACCUUUUCUCAAGCUAUGGCCCGCAUGUGGGUGAUCUUUGCUUCUGCUUUUUCCCUUCUGGGAUCUUUCCGGCUUCCAGAUUUCCAGGAGAAAUUUCUGAUGGCUUUGGAUCCAGAUAACAUUUUCUUUUAUUUUGGUGCCAUUUCUACCCUAGAAGGCCUAGAGUUUGAUGUGCUUCAGCUCAGCUGCCUUUGUGAAGACCACCAGAUCUCCAGGCUGCAUUGUAAGAGCCUGUAUUGCUCCUUCCAGGCCCUGGGAGAACUCUAUGCCUUCCAGUUUCCUGAAGAGCUCAGCCUUUUGAUCCCAUCCUUUACUAGCCAAUGGGUGGUAAACUCUUCUCUCUAUCUGCUGAAACAAUAUCCAGACAACUGCUUUACAGAAGGCAGGGUCCUGUUGCCCCUGGGGGCUGUUGCUAAAAUUACUUACUGUGCUGGGCAGUUGCAAGGGGAAGUCAUAGUGAGGGGUGAGCAACUUUAUAUUCAACCCCUGAAGAGUGAACACUGGAGCCUAGUGCCAGACUACAGUCAUGCCCAGCCUCACCUUAUGCAUAAGACUACCAAGAAGGCAUCAGGGACACCACAAGCUCUCCGAUUUUCCCCCCGGAUCUCCAAACGGGCCGUAGGAAGCGUCAAACACCUGGAGCUACUUGUUGCUGUGGGCCAUGAUGUUUAUGAAUACCACAAGGAAGACACAGAGCGCUAUAUCCUCACCAACCUCAAUAUUGGGGCAGAACUGCUGAGAGAUGUUUCCCUGGGAGUCCAGUUCCGAGUUCAUCUGAUAAAGAUGAUCAUUCUGACUGAAGCAGAGGCUGGUCUGACUAUUACCACCAAUCUCACCUCCUCGCUGCUCAGCGUCUGUGAGUGGAGCCAGAGGAUCAAUCCCCCAGAUGACGCCCACCCUCACCAUGCUGACUUGGUCCUCUAUAUCACAAGGUUUGACCUGGAGCUAUCAGAUGGCAACAAGCAGGUCCGAGGGGUGACCCAGCUUGGGGGCGCCUGCUCCUCCUCCUGGAGCUGCCUCAUCACAGAAGACACAGGCUUUGAUCUGGGGGUCACCAUUGCUCAUGAGAUUGGGCACAGCUUUGGUAUUGACCAUGACGGGACUGAGCACAAUAGAUGCAGCAGCAAUGACCACAUCAUGGCCCCUGGUGGCACCCCAAACAGCAUUGGCCUCACCUGGUCAGAGUGCAGCCGAGAGCAGUUUCUACACUUUGUUAGUACAGGGAAGGCAAGCUGUGUGAAUGAUCUGCCUCACCUGGAAGGAACACUCCCCCAGGCAGAGCCUGGCCUCUUCUAUGGGGCAGAUGAGCAGUGCAGAGUUGCCUUUGGAAGCACUGCUGUUGCCUGCACCUUCGCCAGGGAUGAUGCUGAUAUGUGUCAAGUUCUCUCCUGCCAUCUUGAUGCUCGGGACCAAACCAGCUGUAGUCGCAUCCUUAUCCCACUCCUAGAUGGAACUGAAUGUGGAGUCAAUAAGUGGUGCUCUAAAGGCCACUGCCGUUCUCUGGAAGAGUUGACCCCAGUCUCCUUGGUACAUGGACAAUGGUCUAGUUGGGGCCAUCCUAGUACUUGUUCUCGAACCUGUGGAGGAGGAGUCAUCACCAGAAGGAGGCAGUGUAACAACCCCAGACCUGCUUUUGGUGGUCAUGACUGUGUAGGAGCUGACCUCAAGGCUGAGCUGUGCAACACUCAGGCCUGUAUGAAGACCCAGCUAGAGUUCAUGUCUGAGCAAUGUGCUGCGACUGAUGGGAAGCCGCUGUACCUCACUCCGGGGGUCCCUACCUUCUAUAGCUGGAAGUCAGCUGCUCAGUAUAGCCAAGGAAAUGAUCUGUGUAAGCACAUGUGCUGGGCAGCUGGAAAGAAUUUCAUGGUGAGCCGUGGGGAAAGUUUCCUGGAUGGUACUCGAUGUGUGCCUACAGACCACCAGGCAGAGGGGACCAUGAGCCUCUGUGUGAUGGGCAGAUGCAGGGCAUUUGGAUGUGAUGGCAGAAUGGACUCUGGACAUGUGAAGGAUGUUUGUCAGGUCUGUGGAGGAGACAACACCACAUGCAGCAGAGUGAGCGGUUCUUACACUGGAGGGAGGGCCCAAGAGUACAUCACAUUCCUGACAAUUCCUCCUAAUUUCACCACUGUACAUAUCACCAACCAGAAACCUCUCUUCACACACUUGGCUGUGAAGGUGAGAGGACAGUAUGUGGUGUCUGGGAAGAGAAGCAUCUCCAUAAACACCACCUACCCCUCAGUCCUGGAAGAUAGCCAGAUUGAGUACAAGGUGUUCCUCACCAAGGAAAAGAUGCCCCACCUGGAGGAGAUCUGCAUCAAAGGACCAACCCAAGAGGACAUCGAAAUACAGGUUUACAGGAAGUAUGGCGAUGAAUAUGGAAACCUCACCAGCCCUGAGAUCACUUUCAGCUACUUCAAGCCUAAGCAACAGCAGGCCUGGGUGUGGGCAGCGGUAUCUGGAGCCUGUUCAGUAAGCUGUGGGGAAGGGUUACGUCAAGUGAGUUACAGCUGCUUUGACCAAGCUCAGAACAACUGGAUCGAUGAUAUCUACUGUGAAGGGACUAUGAAGCCCCUGUCAUGGCAGGAAUUCUGUGUCCCUGGGCCGUGCCCCCCACACUGGGUAGCAGGAGACUUUGGUCCUUGUAGCACAACCUGUGGUGGAGGAGUGAGAGAACGGACAGUAAGCUGUGUGAAAGUAGAAGGCAAUCUUACCCUGAUGCUACCAGAAUCCUACUGCAAAGCUUCUCUCCAGCCCAAUGCUACAGAGACCUGCAACCCCCAACUCUGCCUUACCAGGUGGAAGGUAUCAGAACCUGGUCCCUGCUCCUCUGCCUGUGGCCUGGGUCUGGCCCAGAGGAAUGUGACGUGUAUGCAAGAAGGGGAUGGCCUGGAAGGCCCAGUGGAUGACAGGCUAUGCUCUAUGGAAGAAAAACCUCCUCACCUCUUGCCAUGUGUUGUGACUGUCUGUCCCCUGGGCUGGAAUACUCAAGAACCUGGGUCUUUACUGGAAGAAGCUAUGGACCAAUUGGGAGCUUCCUGGAAAGAGAAUCUCACAGUGCAUGUGUGGAGCCCUCUGGUUGGGGACUGCUCAGUCUCCUGUGGCACAGGCUUAAGGGAGCUACGCUAUGUUUGUUUGGACUUUGCCAGCAGGAAAGAGGUCCAAGAAGAGAAGUGUAGUCCAGUGAGCCAGCCAGCAAAUCAGAUAAUGGUCUGCCAUGCUGCUUUUUGUCCACCUAGGUGGGAGAUCAAAGCUCUGGCUCCUUGUCCGGUGACCUGUGGAGGAGGGAAGGUGCCACUCUCUGUCCACUGUGUGAGGCAGAACAAAGGCCUGACCAUCAAUCUUCCUCAUUCCAAGUGCUGGGGGAUGCCCCGGCCUAGCAGCUACCAGGACUGCAGUCCAGAACCUUGUCCUGCCGGGUGGCGGCACAAGCUGGCAUCCUGCAGUGUAAGCUGUGGAGGCGGGGUUGUCCAGAGGAUCCUCUACUGUGCCAGGGCUCUUGGGCAGAAAGAGGAGGAGAUUGUUCCUGACACCCAAUGCCAGGAGCUACCUCGCCCAGAGGAACAAGAGCCCUGCAACCUAGAUCCUUGCCCACCCAGGUGGAAAGUAAUGUCUACCAGCUCAUGCUCAGCUAGUUGUGGUCUGGGCACAGCCAUGCGCUCGAUGAUCUGUGUGCAGCCAGACCAUGGAGAGGAGGCAGAGGUGGAAGAGGGAGCCUGUGCCACCUUGGAGAGGCCCCCAGCUAGCAUCCCUUGCAUUAUAGCAGAUUGUACCUACCAAUGGCAUUUCAGCGACUGGACAGAGUGCUCUGCCUCAUGUGGGAAUGGAAUCCAGCGCCGCCAUGAUUUCUGUGUCAGACCCCACCAGAUCCAUACGCCAGUACCUGCCGUCUUCUGUCAGCACAUCCCCAAGCCUGUGACAGUGAGGGGCUGCUCAGCUGGGCCCUGUGAGAGGCAGGUGAUCCCCAAAGUGAAGGCACAGGAGGAAGCUACUACUACCAUAAGCCCAACAACAGCAGCUCCUGCUCUGACCUUUGAGAGUCCCCAGAACAGAGCCCUGGCUGUUCCCAACAACCCACUUUCUUCAUCUAUUCAACCCAAGGAAGCCCUGAAGCAGGAAGAGAGCACUGGUACCUGUGGAAAGCAAUACCUUGGGCCUACAGGGAUCAUCAACAUGACUGGCAUGCAGGUGACCAAGUGUGCAGUAGCCAUCGGUCGACCUCUAGGGGAGGUGGUGGUCUUCCAAGUCCUGGAGAGCUCCCUCAACUGCAGUGUUGGGGAGAUGCUGCUGUUUUGGGGACGACUCACCUGGAGGAAAACCUGCAAGAAUUUGGCAGGUGUGACAUUCAUCUCCAAAACCAACACUCUGAUGGUGAGACAGCGCCUGGUAUUCCCAGGAAAUGGGGUGGUGCUACAGUACUGGAGCCAAGCAGCCACAGAAAAUUAUCACAAAGAAUGUGAUGUGCAACUCUUUGGUCCUAGAGGGGAAAUAGUGAGUCCUCCAUGGGACCAGGAUGUGAGAAACCAAGGAGGAUGUCGAGUCUUCAUCAAUGUGGCUCCAGAAGCCCGGAUAGCCAUCCAUGCCCUGGCCAUUGAUCUGGGGACAGAAGCUAAUCAGACUUCUGACAGCUAUAUUUUGAUUCAUGACAUGUACAACAUGAAAAUGGUAACAUUCCAUGGACAGCAGUUAUUCUACUGGGAGUCAGUGGGAAGCCAAGCUGAAAUUGAAUUCAGUGAGAGCUUCCAAGAGGACCACAUCAGUUUUCGGGGUCAAUACUGGAUCCUUAAGUAGAAUGAAGUUUUCAUCUGGAAAUGGCCUAGGAUGGGACAAGUUGACCCCCUUAGGCCUCUGAGAGCUUAAUUAUAACUCUGCUGUUGACUUCUCUGCCAAUCAUUUCCCAUGUCUGAGCCUCAGCUCGGUCAUCUGCCCUUUAUGAAUAAUAAUCCACCCCCUGAAAGGGAGUAAGGAAUUAAAUAUAAAAAGAGCCUCUGAGAUUGUGGGCCAGAAGAAGCUAUUCCACUUUUAAGCUUAUUUCUAUCUUUGCCACAAUGUGUGUCACUCAUAGCUCCUUCUUCACCUAUAUUGCAUACAGAGAGGGGAAGGCUGAAAUGCCUGGAGAAGCUGCCUUUAAGAAUCUCAUUAAUUAAUCCCUUUCACUUGUGGUUUAGGGGUGGCCUCACUCCAAUUGUCACAGCCUUUGGGAAGACAGGCCUCACUUUUCCUGAGGGAAGUAGACUGAAAACCAAGAGGACCUGGGUUCUAAUUCUAGUUCUACUACUCACUUAUGGUGUGACCUUGGGUCACUCUUUGGGCCUCAAAGUUCCAAUUUGGAAAAUGAGGGUGUUGGACUCUGAAGUUCCAUUUCAGCUCCGAUAUUCUAGGUUGUCCUUUGGGCCCUUUAUGACAGUGUCCAGAAGAGGAUGUGUCAGAAGUAUAUCUGAGUAAUCAAGGAGAGACCCUGCACAGAUGCAAGACACCGCCCAACUCCAACUGUAUCAAUAAAUAUACAAAACUGCUUCAA